GACCACAGCCAAGAUCUGCCCAGCAGCUGGAAUGCUUUCCUGAGCUGCUUGGUUUGGAGCCUGGGACCCAAGACCCAGGCAGCUAUUCCAGGAACUGGAAGCCAAGCACAACAGGUGCUCAGGAGGUCAUCAUGAUCAGCCUGGACCCCAGGCCUUCCCCUGGCUUGGCCCGGUGGGCCGAGAGCUAUGAGGCCAAGUGUGAGCGCCGGCAAGAGACCCGUGAAAGCCGCCGUUGCCGCCCCAAUGUGACCACUUGCCGCCAGGUGGGGAAGGCGCUGAGGACCCAGCAGAGAGAGCAGCUCCAGAGAGCACGACAACAGGAGUUCUUCAGGAGGAGGAACCUGCAGGUGGAGGAGAAAGGCAAGACACAGAGUCCCAGGGCCAAGGAGCACGGUCCCUCGAGGAGGCCAGGCCAGCCAACUGACCUCAAGGAGCCCUUUUCUUGGGCCAGCAGGAUCUCCUCCUCCCCCCGGCAGCAGGUGUCAGGAACCAGCUCUGACGCCUUUCCAACCCAGCGUCACCCUUCCUCAAGCACCCAGAGGGAUCUGGCUCACCUCUCCUCCCAGGCUGGGGGCCUUUCACCACAGGACUCUCCCAUCAAGAAGCCACCCACACACCACCGUGGUAAGAGCUGAGCCUCCCUCCCUCACUGGAGCCUGAAGAAAACCUUGCCACAGCAGGCUCAGCUUGCUGGCAGUGGAGAGGAAAUCAUCCAGCUUUCUGAGUACCUCAAAGAGGCCCUCCAAAGGGAACUGGUUCUAAAACAGAAAAUGGUGAUUCUCCAAGACCUACUGUCCACGCUGAUAAGGGCCUCUGACAGCUCUUGGAAGGGCCAGCUUAAUGAAGACAAAUUGAAGUGCAAACUGAGAUCUUUAGAAAACCAGCUGUACACCUGUACCCAGAAAUACUCCCCUUGGGGAAUGAAAAAGGUGUUAUUGGAGAUGGAAGACCAGAAAAACAGCUACGAGCAGAAAGCCAAGGAGUCGCUGCAGAAAGUGCUGGAGGAGAAAAUGAGCGCAGAGCAGCAACUGCAGAGCGCGCAGCGGUCCCUGGCUCUGGCUGAGCAGAAGUGUGAAGAGUGGAGGAGCCAGUAUGAAGCUCUGAAGGAAGACUGGAAGAGCCUGGGGACCCAGCACAGAGAGCUGGAGAGCCAACUCCAUGUGCUUCAGUCCAAACUGCAGGGAGCAGACAGUAGAGACUUACAGAUGAACCAGGCUCUGAGACUUCUGGAGAAUGAGCACCAGGAACUGCAGGCCAAGAUUGAACACCUGCAGGGGGACAGAGACCUGUACAGCUCGGAUACGCAGCACCUACAAGAUCAACUGAAGAGGUCAGAGGAGGAGAAACUCGCCCUGGUGGCCAAAGUACAGCAGCUGCAGAGUCUGCUUCAGAAUCAAUCCUUACAGCUUCAAGAACAGGAGAAACUCUUAACAAAGAAAGAUCAGGCUUUGCCUGUGUGGAGUCCAAAGCCCUCCCAUAAGGAAGUGGAACCUGAGGGUACAGGGAAGGAGAAAGAACGGGAUUUCAGAGACCAGCUGCAAAAGAAGACUUUGCAGCUCCAGGCCAAGGAAAAGGAGUGCAGAGAACUGCAUCUGGAGUUAGACAACCUCAGCGACGAGUAUCUCUCCUGCCUGCGUAAGCUGCAGCACUGUCGAGAAGAGCUGAACCAGAGCCCACGGCCGCUUCCCAGAAGGCAAUGUGGCCAAUGGCUCUCGAUGCUGAUGGUAAUGAUUGCCAUAGCACUGGCAGUGUUCCUGGCCAACAAGGACAGCCUGAUGAUCUGAAUCACUUCGGACAGCUGCCUGGGUGAAAAUCUGAAGCAAGAAACUCAAAAAACUCAGAAUGUUUACAUACUUUAGAGUGUGGGUUUUCCCACAGAGAUUUCUGACUUUAUUAUUUUUUUUAA